UAAACGUUUGAAAGCGGUGUUUAUUUGCGCGGCUACACUGCGGUACAAUGCUAAACAGUUGUUAUCGUUAACAUGUCAAUCCCCACAGACUCACCGUCUCAAGAAAGCGGAGAAGAACCAGAAUCUCUGCCAUCAACUCACCACCCUCCUGCCCCUCCCCAUGAGCUGUUUGAUCUAUCAACAACCGUUGAUCCUGCAUAUGUGAUAUCUUUGAUACGAAAACUCCUACCAGCAGAAGUGAAAGUUGGAGGGGCCUCUGGGGAACAAAAAACUGAAGAGCUGACGACAACUUCAGUCUCUUCUUUUGAAGAUGGAGAAGGGAUGCAGACAAAUAAUGGAAAUAAAUCCCUGGAUGUUGUUAAUGAUUUUAAUAAAGCAGAAAAAGUAAAUGGAUUUGAUGGUGCUCUAUGCUGUGAAAGUACAAAGAAGGGGUCAACAGCAGGGGAAGACGCCUGGGAAGAAUAUGGUUGUAUUCUAUGGGAUCUUGCCGCAAGUAAAACUCAUGCUGAAUUCAUGGCUCAAAACCUCAUACUUGAAGUUCUCUUGUCCACUCUCGUGGUUUCAAAAUCUGCGCGAGUUACAGAAAUUAGCUUGGGAAUCAUUGGGAACCUAGCAUGCCAUGAGCUUUCUCAAAAGAAGGUAACUUCCACAAAUGGAUUGAUCAGGGCAAUCUUGGAGCAGCUGUUUCUGGAUGACACACCAUGUCUUUGUGAAGCAUGCCGGGUAGUGACUUUAUGCCUUCAAGGUGAUGAGAGUGAUCUUUGGGCAGAAGCCUUGCAAUCUGAGCAUAUAUUAUGUCGAAUUUUAUGGAUUGUGGAAAAUACAUUAAAUCCACAGCUUAUUGAUAAGAGUGUGAGCCUGCUCCUUGCAAUGUUGCAAAAUAAGCAAGAAGCAGCUUGUGUUUUUCAACCACUAUUAAUGAAGAUGGGUCUCCCCUGUAUUUUGGUUGAUCUUUUAUCCUUUGAGAUGUGCAAAUUAUGGGAAGAGCGGUUACCUGAAAGGUACUCUGUUCUUGGUUUGAUUCUUCAGGCCAUUGAGGCUCUUUCUGUCAUCGAUGAAUGUUCUCAAGAAAUCUGUGCAAGUAAACGACUUUUUAUACUUCUCACCGACUUAAUCAAACUUCCUGAAAAAGUUGAGGUUGCUGAUUGUUGUAUUACUGCUGCUGUUUUGAUAGCAAAUAUUCUGACAGAGGCUGCCGAUCUAGCUUUAGAAGCAUCACAAGACCUUUUGCUAUUACAGGGUCUAUUUAGUCUAUUCCCUUAUGCUUCAGUGGAUGUAGAAGCAAGAAGUGCUCUUUGGAGCAUCAUUGCAAGAUUCUUGGUUCAAGUUCAAGAAAAUGAUGUGAGCCUUUUGCAACUUCAUCAAUAUGUCUCUGUUUUCACAAGUGAAGCAGAAGUUAUUGAGGAAGAACUUCUUAAUGACCACUCCACUGAAGAACUUCUCAAUGACCACUCCACUGAAGAACCUGUGAGCUCUGGUACCACUUCAAAGUUAGUUGCCAGAAAUGCAGCUCUCAAUGGAAUUGUAUGGGCUUUAAAUCAAUGGAUUGGUUUAGAGGAUAGAAUCAAGGAGUCUCUCCCUAUGGAGAAAUCCAAAGUAAACCAAGAAGAUGUUUACAAGUUGUUGCACUGCUGUGGAAAAUAUAUCAAGUAAGAGAUGUCUCCGUUUGGGUGCAUAUCAUUAUUGCCCUUGCUAUGAAUGAUGUCAUGAAGUAAAAUUCAUCCUUGCCUAGUUGCUUUAUCCUAUGCCAAAGUCUUCUUUCAAAGAUGGAAAUGAUGAAGGAGACUAUGCAUCAUUCUCUUAUCAGCAAUAUAAGCUGAGUUCUUAAGUAGUUUUUAAUUUAUUUGGCUGCAGGGGAUGUUAGCAAACGAUUUUCUAUUCCGAAAGUCCUAGCAGAUUCAGCCGUUUUGGCCAAAUAAGUUUUCUUGAUACUGUAUUAUAUGCUUUUCUUGAUACUGUAUUAUCUUCAAAGUUCAUAAUUUCGUGUAUGGUUAUAGAAGGUGCACUUCCAGAUUAGUUUCACGCAAUAGUGUUUGAAUACUAUGCUGAUGUUGCAUGCUGCUCCGCGAAUUGUUCAUUUGAAGGAAUUAAGAAUGCUCAAUCAUGUAAUGGUGUUAAUCUUGAAC